AUUAUGGGACUUACGGAUCUUUUAUGGGACUCGAGAGUCUUGAAAUUAGAUUCUAUGCGCCUGUACAGACACUGAAUUGCAACCAUUCAAACAUCCGUCAUGGCUAGUUUCACCAGAAUCGAGGAGAGCGAGAGCUCUUCCAUUACCAUCCAUCCUUCGCAUAAGAUUGCUAAGGUCAACGAUAAUAUCUAUGGCGGCUUCACAGAACACAUGGGACGGUGCAUAUAUGGUGGCAUCUACGAGCCGGGGAAUCCGUUGUCGGAUGAAAACGGCUUUCGUAAAGAUGUCGUCGAAGCUUUCAAGGACUUGAAUGUGCCGGUGGUGAGAUAUCCUGGUGGUAACUUUGUUGCUACAUACCACUGGUUGGAUGGAGUUGGUCCGAAAGAGCAGAGGCCUAGCAGGCCCGAACUCGCUUGGAUAGGCACCGAAUCGAACGAGUUUGGCACCGAUGAGUUUAUGAAAUGGUGUGAAGUGGUUGAUACCGAGCCCUACCUAUGCCUCAACUUCGGAACCGGCACAUUAGAUGAAGCUUUGGGAUGGCUCGAAUACUGUAACUCGGAGCGCAACACAUACUAUGCUAAUCUCCGCCGCAAAAAUGGUCGCGAGAAGCCAUACAACGUCAAAUACUGGGCCUUGGGCAACGAAUGCUGGGGUCCGUGGCAAGUUGAACAAAUGACAAAGGAAGACUACGCAAAGAAGGCCUACCGAUGGGCAAAAGCUCUGAAACUUCUGGACCCAAGCAUCAUUCUCAUUCUAUGUGGUGAGACCGGCUACUCAUCCUGGGACUACUACGUUCUAAACCAGUGCGUCAAAUGGGACGUCCACGGCUUAGCGGGCGACAACACAAAGUCUCUCAUCGACAUGCACAGUAUCCACAUCUACACAGCAGAUAAAGAGCACCUGCCCAACGCUACCGCGCCAAGAGCUGCAGAACGCGCCAUCCAGAUGGCAAGUGCACUGAUCGAUCUCGCGCGCAUUGAGAACAAGGUCCCGGAGACGGUGCCCAGGCCAACGAUCUGUUUCGACGAAUGGAACGUCUGGGACCCUGUGCGAGCACCGGGUGAGCUGGGCGCAGAGGAGAAGUACACACUCUCUGACGCACUAGCUGUUGCAAUCUUCCUGAACGGGUUUAUCAGACAAGCGAAGGAUAUGGGCAUGGCGAACAUUGCGCAGUCCGUCAAUGUCAUUUCCCCUCUGAUGACGACCAAGGAAGGGUUGAUCAAGCAGACGAUCUGGUGGCCGCUGCUGCUGUUCAGCAAAUACAUGCGCGGUCAUACUAUUGCGCUGAAUGUCCGAGCUCCGGAAUACACUGGUCGGACAAAUCCUAACUGGGUCCGUGGAACGAUCGAGACGCCAUAUCUCGACUGCAGCGCUGUUCUCGGGGACGACGGGUUCGUGAAUCUGGCUGUUACAAACGUCAGCGAGGACCAAGACUUUGAGGUUUCCUUGGAGGGGCUGAAGGCGGAGAAGGUUGAAGUGUACACUGUAUCUGGAGACGACGUUCAGGUUGUGAACACGGAGAAGGAGCAGAAGGUUGGGAUCAAGGAGUCUUCGUGGGAUGGUAAGGGCAAGUUCAAAUUCGGAAAGCAUUCGUUUGUUUUGCUCAGGUGGAAGGAUGGGAGCGCUGAAGCCAAGAAGACUGUUCUAGAUACGGUUUCUGAACACAAGGCUGCGGUAGAGAAGGUGUCGGAUGUUGUGGUUAUACAGGGUGAAUCUGUGCCCUCGUUGGUGGCAAAAGACACAGCGGUGAAGGAGACGUAGAUCAG